AUGUCAAAUCGAUCCAGACUCAAGGAUCAGCCCAAAGCUGCAAAAGCCCCCGAAGUGAGGGUGGCCAGCACCCACAAGACGCACCCGCGUACCUAUUCCCGCCAUGCCCUCAAAAGACGGCACACCUCUAUCCCGGCACAGGAGCGACUCCUCGCCCGUACUGGGAGUCUGAAUGUGACAGAGGUAAAGAUGGCAGAGCAACGCAGCCCGGCUGGAGCACAGCACCCUCCGCGACCUGGUUCGGACAAAGGUACUGAGAGCGCAAGCUUCUCGACGCCCGCGAAUAAGACGGCAAAUGACCUCGCUUGGGAGGCGCUCGCCUCAUCCUCCCCCGUGUUGACACGACAGGAUGAUGGCUCCCAAGACAAAGAUAUUCUUGGCGAGGUCUACACCGUCAAGUGCUCCUCUGGCCAGAAAAGGCCAGGGCACGAGCAGCCCGUCGUCAAGUAUGCGUUGAACAACUUAGAAUCGAGCCGUCAAGGAAAUAGCCGUAAAACUGCAAGCUCAGAAGGUGGUUCUCCGGGGUAUGGGAGCCUGGAAGGAUCAGACGGCGUCCAAGAUGGGUCUUCCGUUUUCGUUGAAGAUACACAGCCUGAUGAGAUUGCCUUGACAUCCUCAUCCGAGGGCGAAGGGAUCGCCAUCCCCGGAAUCUCAACUGGGCAGAAGCCAAAAAAUAAUGGCCGUUUCCUGGUCUUCGACCAAUCGCCACCAGAGGGCUUCAAGGUGCUCCACAAGCCUCGGGUGAAUCCAGAAGUGGAUGAGCCUGGAUCCAGGAGAAAGAGGCUGACGGGCGGCUUGGAUGGUUUUACUCAACACGAAGCACGUUCCACUUUCAUGAGAAAGAGGCGGCGGCUUCAGCACCUUGAUGCCAACAUUGGGAGCCUGGAUAUGACUCAAACCAGCAUUGCCUCGCAACCACAACCUAAGAACAACUUGGUUCAACAGAAUACCAGUCCUGGUGUAAGGAUGCGGCCGCGAGCUCAAACAGCUACAGGCCUCUGGCGAAAACCACAGCUUUUCGGCACAUCGCAAUUCGAAAUAGAGCCCGAGGAUUCUGUUCCAUCCCCUGAGACGAAGAUAACGCCAACGAAACGCGACAAACCAGAGCUUGAGAGCUUCGACCCCAUCAUUAUUCCACGGACUGAUUCUCCCAGGCCAAAGAAAACUGUCAAGUUGGAAUCACCAAGCGAUUUCCCUGGCGAGCCGGUCCAGGACUCUAGUCCCUGCAUGCGCCUUCACCCGAAUCGAAUUUUGGAUGGGGACGGCAGGAAGGUAGGCUCACUGGCACUGCGUCCCGGCCCGUCUUCCCGAAUCAAGUCGAAUUUCGUGAUCUCAAACACGGCCCUGAUGGAUGCUGAGGGACAGCCCUGA